GUCAAGACCAAGAAGAAGAACCAUGGCAGAUGUCACACGUUCAGCUUGGUGAAUGGCGUUCGCAUUGAGCAGUCGGAAGGUAUGACUUUCGACAAGCCAAAGUUUGUGAAGGUGCCACUGAACCUGGAGCCGAAAAGAUUGGGCUCCAUGGGGCAGACUACCGUCCAUGCAGAUUUCAAGGACCAUGUCCAAGCCUCCCAGACGGAAGCUCCCGCAUGGGACGUGCUAGACAGGCAUGUGCUUCGAUUCUACGGCCAGUUCCAAGAGUCUGUUGUGGAGACGAACUUGGAAAACUAUAGGGUCCGUCAGUGCGUCAUCAUGUACUAUCUCGAGGACGACACCUGCCACAUCACAGAGAAGAAGGUGGAGAACAGCGGAAUCAUGCAAGGGCAGCUCCUCCGGCGGCACCGCUUUCCCGGCCCGGAUGGCUACCUCUCCUGGCAAGAUCUUCGGGUAGGAGGUGAACUCCACAUCUACGGCCGCGUCAUCCAGAUCCUGGACUGCGAUGAGUGGACUCGAAAGUACUACACGGAGAUGGACAUGGAGCAGGAUGCUGCCCUGGAGCCCGCUGUAGACUCUUUCGCAGAGACGCAGUUCGAAAUAGCCGGUGGAGGAAAGCCAAGGGUGCAUCAGCCACGGUCGUAUGAAACCGUCUAUCGAGAACAGCGCAUCGGAGGUGGGCACAUCAACGUGAACAUGCAACAGUUCAUGGAGUGGGACCGAAAAGUUUGUCGAUUCUACGCAGUCUUCGACGACCUCAAGACACCUCAGUUCGAACGAAGGCCGUUCGAGAUCUUGUAUUUCCUUGCGGAUGAUACGGUGGAGAUCCGAGAGAAGUAUCCUCUGAACUGCGGCCGAGAUGCCUUUCCCAUCUUCUUCCGCAGGGGGAAGCUGGGUCGUGGGCAGGCCAAAGUCAUGGGGCCCCUCGACAGGUUACAGAGAAAGGAUGAGUUGAUCAGCUUGGAUGACUUCAACAUCGGUCAAUCUCCAGAGCUCCUUGGCCAACGCUUUUUCAUCUAUGAUGCCGACGACUUCACGAGGCGGUACUACGAGAAGGAGCUCGGCAUGAAGUUGGUUGAGGCAGUGGAUGUGAGGCUUCCGGAGCGGACGGUGCCAAGGCCAAAGACGCCGCCGUACACAGGCUACGGAACCUGGGACGACUCGAUGGGUUCCGUCCACUCUUUGGCGCCGAAGCCGCCGAAGAAGGACUUGGUAAAGCUUUUCGAGAAUGAGGGCAGAAUCCUCCGCUUCACCGCCCAGCUUUACAAGGCCAAGCCUGAGGAAGCUGACCGCCUUUUCAUUGUAAACUUCCAUCUCUUUGACGACACUCUGUCAAUCCACGAGCCGCCGCAGCGAAACAUGGGUAUCCUCACCGGUAAGUUCCUGGAGAAGAGCAUCCACCUGAACCAGGAGACUGGUGCUCUCUUCAAGGUAGACGACUUCAUGCCCGGCAACGUCAUCAAGGUGUACAACCGAGAGUUUGAAAUCUUGGACAUGGACGACUAUACCAGGAAGUAUUUGGAGGAGGGCGGUGUCAAGAGACACUUUGACUUAGAGGCAGUUCUCCAGAAGCUUCGAGAAGGCAUGCGCCAGCAGUAUCCUCUGGCCCGCGACAUCUUCCGGAAGUUCGAUGCCGAUCACGAUGGUGUCCUCACACAGAGCGAGUUCAAGAAUGCCUUGAUCAAGUGGGGCUUCCAGGUGACAGAGGAGGAGGCCUUGAUCAUCAUGAAGGCCUUCGACUCACGCAAGGACGGCCAGAUCAGCUACAACGAAUUCUGCGACACCCUCAUUGAUGAGGACUACACACAUGUCAUGAUGAAGCAGCGGCCGAAGCUAAACCAGGAAGUUGGGGACUACCCUCAGCUGGCCAGGACAAAGCUGGAGGAGCAAGGCGAAAGAGAGAAGAUCCGGGCUGCGGUGAGAAACAUGGGAGACGUCGUGUACAAGCACAAUGCCAACUUCAUGCGUCUCCUCAAGGAGUUCGCACACCUGACGCAUGAGAACACGGUGACCUGCGAACAGAUUGUCCAAGCAUUGGACACCAUCGGUAAGACAUUCUCGCUAGAGGACGUGCAGCGGUGCGUGUCCUAUGUUUUGCCGGAUGCUGACUUCGAUAAGGUCGAGUAUGUGCCGUUCUUGAAAUCUGUUGUAACGUCCUUCCAUGACCUCAGCGCAAGUCGAUGA